GAAUGUAAUUGGCUACUUGUAACGGCUGUGAUUGUGUUAAGAAACGGUUAAAACCACCGGACAUUUGAUAUUAUUUUAUAGUUUGACGAAUAUCAUCGAUACUUUUUCAAAGAUCAGUCAGAAAAGUGGGGAUUUAAUUCCUGCUGAAUCACAUACUAGUCAAUUCAUGAUAAAUUCCUAUUCUUUCUGUGUUUAUGUGUAAAUGAAUUUAGUUGAUAGGUAUUCAAUUAAUUGACGGAAAAAACAUUAAUUAAAGAUGUUACGAAAUGCUUUCAACUUGCUAUGUGCGACGAAUGGAACUCACGCAGUCUUCAAAAGAACUUUAAAUUUAGUUCCCAUUGUCGUUGAACAAACGGGACGUGGUGAACGAGCCUACGACAUUUAUUCCAGACUUCUUAAGGAGCGGAUUAUCUGUCUCAUGGGACCGAUAACAGAUGAUGUCUCCUCGCUUGUUGUGGCACAAUUAUUGUUCCUACAAUCUGAGAGUAGUAAAAAGCCAAUUCAUAUGUACAUAAAUUCACCCGGAGGAAGCGUUACAGCGGGCCUAGGAAUUUACGAUACAAUGCAAUACGUACUGCCACCUGUAGCCACCUGGUGCGUUGGUCAAGCAUGUUCGAUGGCCAGCUUACUUUUGGCUGCCGGGUCCCAUGGGAUGCGACAUUCGUUGCCUAAUGCUAGAAUAAUGAUUCACCAACCUUCCGGAGGUGUCCAGGGCCAGGCAACAGACAUUCAAAUUCAAGCUGAAGAGAUCCUUAAACUCAAGAAGCAAAUAAAUAAACUCUAUGUUAAACAUACUGGACUUGAUCUGCUGCGAAUAGAAAACAGCAUGGAAAGAGACAAGUUUAUGGCACCGAACGACGCGAAGGAAUUUGGAAUAAUAGACAAAGUGUUAGAACACCCCUUACAAGAGAAGGACGAUAGCAAUUCUUCGACCCAAUUGAUAGACAAAUCUGUUACUAGUGCCCCGACAACUUGAUUUCAAUCCGUACAGAUUGGUUGUAAACAGCAG